CAUUGAACUAGAGCGGAGCCCAAGAGGAGCGAAACAUGGCGACCUCGAAUAAUCCGCGAAAAUUCAGCGAGAAGAUCGCGUUACACAACCAGAAGCAAGCGGAAGAGACAGCUGCGUUCGAGGAGGUGAUGAAAGACCUGAGUAUUACUCGGGCGGCCCGUUUACAGUUACAGAAGACUCAGUAUUUACAGCUCGGGCAGAACCGAGGACAGUACUACGGCGGCUCUUUGCCAAAUGUCAAUCAGAUUGGAAACACCACCAUUGACCUUCCCUUUCAGACUCCUUUUCAGAAUUCAGGACUGGACACAAGCAGAACGACUCGUCACCAUGGGCUCGUGGACAGGGUCUACCGGGACAGGAAUCGCAUUACGUCGCCACACCGCAGACCUCUCUCUGUGGACAAACAUGGUCGUCAAAUUGAUAGCUGUCCGUAUGCCUCUGUGUAUCUGUCACCCCCACCUGAUACCAGUUGGAGGAGGACAAACUCAGACUCUGCCCUGCACCAGAGCACUUUGAACCCAAACCCACAAGAUGCAUUUGCAGGAGGGUCUCAAGAUUUACAACCAAAACAAGUUCUUCUUCUCACUAUGCCAGGAACAGGGGAACCUGAAAGUGACAUGGACAAGGAAGGUCAAAACCAGAUAUGGGAUCACAAAAAGACUACUUCGCCAAGGCCCAAGUCAAACAAAAUACCUGGAAUCAAUAUAUUUCCAUCUCCAGAUCAGGAAAUGACUGCAUCUCUAAUCCCAGCGGCGCACAACACGGGCGGCUCUUUGCCAGACCUAACCAACAUCCAGAUUCCCCCUCCUCUCCCCACACCCUUGGACCCUGAUGACUCCACGUCCUCUCUCAGUGCCUCCAACAGCACUGGCAACCUGGCCAACACUCACAUGGGCCUCACGUCUGUCAGCCAAGGUGUGACAUCAGCCCAGCCCACAGUGACAGUGAGUGUUCAGCGCCGUCAUGAGAAUGUAGUUCCUCUGAUCCUCAACACAGACUCCCAGCAGCACCCGAGUCUUCAGCAGCUGUCGCCCACCCUCUCUCCUCCGCUCUCUCUAUCACAGGCGGUGACGAUAGAUGCCAUGACACUGGAGCAGCAGUUGGCUCAGUAUGCUUUCUUCAGUCAGCCGUCCACACAGACACAGGGGGUCGGUGGGCUUCCUCAGCUUCAGCAGAACACCCAGCUGCCACCUGUCUCAGGCAGCCAGACGCAAACCUCUGUGGGCAUUGAUAUCAACACGGCUGCUUCCCUCCAGCAGUACCGCUGUAGGGUGGGGUCUUCGGCCAAUCAGUCUCCAACCUCUCCGGUCUCCAAUCAAGGCUUCUCUCCGGGGGGCUCGCCUCAACACUCAUCCAUUCUUGGAAGUGUCUUUGGCGAUGCCUUUUACGACCAGCAGCUGUCCCCUCGACAGACCAGCGCUUUGUCUCAGCAGCUGGAGCAGUUCAACAUGAUUGAGAAUCCCAUCAGCUCAAACAGUCUGUACACUGAGGGAUCCACUUUAAACUACUCUCAAGCUGCGAUGCUCAACCUCACCGGGAGCCACGGGAACCUGCAGGACGCGCAGCAGCUAGGCUACAGCAGCCAUGGGAACAUCCCCAACAUCAUUCUCACAGUUACAGGAGAAUCCCCCCCGAGCCUAUACAAAGAGUUCUCCAACUCUCUGACAGGUGACGUGAGCUUUGACGCAGAUUCGCAGUUCCCUCUGGACGAGCUGAAAAUCGAUCCGCUGACGCUGGACGGCCUGCACAUGCUCAACGAUCCAGACAUGGUUCUGGCCGACCCCGCGACAGAAGAUGCUUUCCGGAUGGACAGGCUGUAAUCUUUAGGUAUACAAUGUUCGUUUGCCCUUCUUUGAGAUCAGUGUGAUUAAGUGAAAGAGAAGCAGCAUGUCUGGGGGACACUUGACCCUGUUUCUCAAAGCCCAUCCUCUAGGAAGAGAUUGCUGAGAAUGUUGCCACAGCAUGCUAGGGGAAAAAUGGGAAUGCAGUGCUGCCACAUCUAACGAAUCAACCUUGUGAGCAAGCAGCCCAUCGAUUCUUAGGAUAAAACACUCGCACCUCAGCAAUUGUGGUUCCUUUAGCUCUAUAUGAGAGAAUGUGACACUACAUAAGAUCCCUCAACGUUCAAACAUGUGUUCUUCCAUUUCAUCUCCUGUAGAAACCCCUCUGAUUCCUGCCAUACAUGCCUGUUACUUUCCUUUUUCUUUAAAUACUAAUAUUUAGUUAUGCACUUUUAUACAUGCAUAUGCCACCAAAAACAUUGUUUGUUAUGAUCCGUUUUUAGUUUAUUUUCCUAUACAAAUAUUUCUUGCUUGUAAGAACAUUAAUGGUUAAAAAGGAGUGUUAAUCCUCCCCAUUUUAAGGGCAGCUUUCAUGCACCUGCAACACGUUUAUCUUUACACAUCAACACUAAUGUACUUCAGUGCAGUCUGAACAUAUGAUUGUAAUGUUUUAUAGAUGUCUAGUUUUGUCACAUCGUGCUCAGAUAGUGGUACAGUGCUAAUGUGGCUCAAGAUGAUUCAGUUCAUCUGGUUGAAAAGUGUACAACUGGAAAUCUUAAUAUCAAAACACAUUUGCAGUUUAAUGGGAUUAUUCAGCCAAAAAUGAAACUUCUGUCAUCAUUUGCUCACCCUAUGAAAGAGAAGUGUUUUUGUUCAUACAAUGAAAGUCAAUGGGGUCCAAAGCAAAACAUUUAGGGCCUAUGAUAUCCACAGUGCGGAGAAAUGGACGGAAUCCAGUCAUAAAAAUGGAAUUUACAGUAUAACGCGGAAUGUCACAAAUCACAAAAUGUGAUAUGGACUAGUGUCUGUGAAUAUUAAGCUGCAAAAUACUAUUUAAAUAUAAAUCCUUAGUGUUCUGCGUGUCUCUGUCACUGAACCGCACGUGACAUGACGCUUGCAAUGUUUUCAGCCUCUGUCGCCUCUAUGAGUACAUACAUGAGUACAACACACAAACAUAACUGCUCUGAGAGUCACUUCGUGAGCAUUUUACUGUUUGUUUUGAGAAACACUAUUGCGAUAUCAUAUACAAACAAACUUCACAGCAACCCGUCAAAAUAAACGUUUGGUUUAACUUGAUGAAAUUGUGGCAAAAAUAUAUUACUGAAUGUAAUGAUAGUAGUACUACUACUACUAGUAAUGAAAUUAUCAAUUAUUAUCAAAACAUUAUUUUUUUAAGGAGUAUUUACCAGAAUUUAUAUAUCAGAAAAAUGUACAUAACACAGUAUUUCUGGGAAAAACAAAGAUAUAAAAUAAUAAUAAAUAUUUUUUAUAAAAUCAAUUAUUUAGAGUUGCUUUUGAUUAUUAAAAUUUUAUGAAAUAAUUUAAAUUGAAGCCAGAAAAUUAAUGGUAACACAUAAUUUGGUAAAAAUAAAACUGAAUUUGGGGAAAAAGAAGAAAAAAAAAUAAAAGUUAAACUUUUGAUAAAUUGCUUUAGGGCUGGGCGAUAUGGUCAAAAAAAUUAUCACAAUAUUUUUUUCCAUAUCAGUCGAUAUCGAUAAUUAUCACGAUAAAUGUCAAAUUUUUAUUUCUUUUAUUCUUUUAUUUCUUUCAAGUUUAAAGGCAGAUUUUUGCUACAGUGUGAAAGUUGUAAAAACCAGACGGUUAAUUGUGGCUUUAAACUAUUCUUUAUGGUCAUAACAUGACUAACAAACAAAGACAAACAAAGAACAUGUUUUUUUUUUGUUUUUUUUUUUAUUCCUUACACUUUUUCCAGUCAUUUUUCCAAAAUAAAUAUCUUAAUAGAAAAAAUGUCUUAGCUCUGCAUCUCUAAAUCAAGAAACAGGUUUGUGCUGCCUGAUAAUAUUAAUUAUAAUAUAACAUUUUUUUGUCUCUUAGAAAUACACAUUUGAUAGUAGCUUGAGUUAGGAUGCAGAUGUAGAUUUAUGUUCUUUAUCAAAAUCAGUAAUAUCUGUAAAAAUUGUAGAAACCUAAUUUUUAUAUGUUGAAAUUUAAUUACUCUGACUGAGUUUUCUUUUUUGCAUACGUUUAGAACCACAAAUAUAGCGCCUCAGUACCAUGGUAAAAAUGUAAUAUGGUUUCUAGGUAUUUGUAUGAAAAACAGUCUAAAUACAUUUAGUAUAAAUGCAUAAACGCAAUAGCUUAAUCACAAAAAAGUCAUUAUAUUCUAUUACUCCUUCUUGAAUACAUUUAAUACAUGUCAACAUUAAUAUUAUAAUAACAUUCGACAAAAAAUAACUACAUUUCUGACAAAAUACCAUGGUGCAGUUAGUGCUGUUACAGUAAAUCUAUGGUAAAUGAUGACGAUUUGUAGAUUAAAAAGAUGUAGAUGUUUGUCAGCACAGUUUCAUCUGGCUUUAAACAGAGUCAUUUGUGUUCUUCACUGAAUUCAAGCGCUUCACACUGGAUCUCAAAGCGAUGUUUAGUGACGAGACUCAUCAGCGAGUGAACGUAUCUGCUCUAGUAAGUUCGCCGCCGUUUGAACAUUGGUCCAAGUGGAUAAAUGGUCAGAGUGGCGCAUUUCAAAUAACUAGGGCUUUUUCGUUUCGCCUUUGCCACAUAAACAUUGUAUCAAACAUUUAUCGUACUCUACUCUUGUUAUCAUUUGUCGAGGAAAUUUAUAUUGUGCAGUGAUAAUUACCAUUAUCGAUUUAUCGCCCAGCCCUAAAUUGCUGUUAAAUUGUGGUUUCAAUUAAUUAGACUUGCUAUUUAACCAUUAAGACAGAGUCUAGAAAAAUUAAAACUGAAAAACUGAAUCCUGAACAAUGUAAACGGAAUUUGGGAAAAAAUAAAACGCAUUUCAAAUUAAACACAUGGUACCCCAUUGACUUUUAUUGUAUGGACCAUUGUAUGGGGGGACAAAAAAAAAGUAAAUGAUGACAGAACUUUCAUUUUUAGGUGAACUAUCCCUUUAAAAUGUGCAGCGUAUGCACACAAACAAUGUUAAAGGCAGUAGCUAGUAAACAACUGCCUUGCAAUUUGUUAUGCAUUUGUAAACCUUUUCAUGCUAGUCAUGCGGUGUUUUAAAUCAACUUAUAGACUUAUAUAUUAAAUGUACAGUAUGUAACGUUACAGUAUGGCCUGUAAUCAGCCAUGGUAACUGGUACUGUCAAAAUGAUGCUGCAAACUUUGGCAUUACUUGUUAGUUCCUCGGUUUACUCUGAAAGAAACACGAAAACAGUACGUGAUCAUGAUGAUCGUUUGCAUAUAUGUAUCAGAACUAUUCACUGUGAUAACCAGAUUCUGCCUUACGCUGAAGAUGCAGUUUUUGUCCGUUUCAUUCUCGGUAGCUGAAGGUGUUUUCUGGUACUGUAAAAAGUCACGAGGUUGUCCUGGCGCACAGUUCUCAUUCAUCUUCAUAUGCCCAAACGGGGAGGUUUACUACUCUUUUUAAAUCCUGUCACUUUCAUCUUCUCAUAUUUCUCAGACUUUUAUACUCUUACCACUUUUGUAAGUGUGAGGAUUUUGUUUACAAAAUUGAAAACAUUAAUACGAUCUUAAUGUUUAAAUGAUUGAAAUGCUGAAUAUAUAUAUAUAUAUAUAUAUAUAUAUAUAUACGUAUAUAUUAAAAAAAAAUAAUAAUAUUUUAAGAAAUUUUGUUAUUCAUGUAAAAUUUCUCUACGUACAAGGGGAUAAUCGGAUUUGGAUUCAUAUCUAUGCAAAGCAUAAUCAAACAUACUAGAUCACAAAAAUACUAAAGAAAGACUCAAAACAGACGUACGGCUUUUACGGCAUCUGUGGGUUCUGAGUCCGUGCAGCUGAAUUUUACUCGUUACGUGGAUUGCUUUGUCUGUUGUCAGCAAAAAAAGGAAAAAAGACAAGCAGUUGAUGACGAAAACCUAAGGGAUUCUUCUUGUAAGGGAUCUGAUUGCACCGUGUAAAUUUCCUGUAUAAAAAAAAAAAAAAAAAGCAUGACCUACAUGUGCUUUGUCUCUGACAACUGUUUUCAUGAGGAUCAUGCUUCAUGUGUUUAAAAUGUAAAAUAAUUGACGGGAAGGAUGUGUCAGGUAAUCACUUACUGUUAUAUUUUUACUUGACUGCCUCAUUGAAAAGAACAGCGUUGCUGAAACCAGAAUGUAUUUCAUGUUUUUGUGUAGGACCAAACAUAUUACUGAAACUAGCAUUAUUUUUGUUACUGUGACGUUUGUGUUUAAUAGCUGCCCUCUGCGUUGUUGUGGCCCCUCCGUUUCAUUUACAAGAGGCUGCGUUGUACAGAAACUCAUAGCUGUUGAGCUGUGAGCCGUUUUUGUUUUUUUUUAUUUUGCAUGUCUGACCAUCACAAGUAUUGGUGAUUGAUAAGCUGUGCACUUUUAACUCUAAUAUUUUAUUUUACAUCUCUACAUUUGUGAACUUACUACAUCACUUCCUACAUUUACUUGGCACUUUAAUCGAUACCCAAUCCAUUUUUCUGUCAUUUUUUUUUUCUCCUUCACCCCUCUGAGUGACUGUUAAGUGCACUGGGUCUAUUUCCCCCCUCUGUUUGGCCGACUUUGCCUUCUACUCUAAGACAAGUAUUUUUGAAGAGGAAAAAGUAUCUGUUGUCUAUUUAUGAUUUUAUACUUGGUCAACGCAAAAAAAGAACUUUUUUUAUGUAGUGUUAGAAAAAACUAUGAAAGUACCCCGAUAUUAACGAAAUGCAUUUAAGAAGGCAGGUUACCUUUCUGCAUCUCAAUUCACCGUUUUACCUUUUAUAAAGCUUCAUUUGUGGAUCAUACCAUGAAUUGAACCAAUCCGGAAAGGAGAGCAUGCAGACAAAACAAGGUCCUUCAUCAGUGUAACCCAUAACGUAUUCAGUAUCUAACGUAUGCACAGUCUUCAUGUAUAUAAAUGCUAUACUUAUACAUUUCUAUAUUUUAAAAAGUAAGAGUAGAUUAUAAAAUAUCAGGAGUAUGUAAAAGAAAAACAAAAAACAAAUUAUAUAUAUAUAUAUAUAUAUAUAAAUUAAAUCAACAAUAUGGAACUGUAUGUUUUUACAUUUUAAAAUGCUUGAAGUGGACGCUAUACUGUCCCUCCGUUCAGGGGUUUCACACUAUCCUCAAUCUCAUGGUUUAAACACACAGAUUUGUGUUCGUUAUCAAGUGUGCUCACACUUCUAGCCAAAUCAUAAGAGAAUCCCUGCUGCAAAUGUACACGCAGUUUUGCUUUUCAGCCUCUAUACACUGAACCUUGUUGAAGCUUUGUGAAAUAAUAUCCUCUUACGUCUUUUUUUUGUAGUAUUUGCAGUAGAACUCUUCGUUUCUGGCCGAUAUUUUUUUCUUUUGUGUUCGUGUGUGUGCGCAUUGGGAAUUUGAUGUUUAAGUACUGUAAAAGUUGUCUUCACAUACUCGAGGUCUGUUUGCCGCAGUGUGUUGUAGAUUUGUGAUUUCUUUGCGGUGGUUGCUUUAUCCACUCAGUUCCUAGAUUUCCAAAUAUCUGACUUGGCCAGUUUUCUUUGCAUUCAAAACUAUUUUCACAAGUGUCCUAAUAAUGCAGAAAAAUAAGCGAUCUUUCAUUUGCAGGAUACAAGUUAACCUGUGUUAAAUCUGAUCUGUUUUGAUCUGAAAUCUAAAGAUAUCCUGUUUAAUAUCUUGAUAUGAACAGACAUAUGAAAUAUGCUGAGUAUUCUUAAAAAAUUGGGCUGUAUUUUUUUUAAUACCUAAUUUCUCUAUAAUUCUCACCACUGAUUAAUGGUUUCUUUUUGUCCCAAACAAGAAUAGGUUUUUUAAUUGUGCAAAUGCUUAUUUUUGAGUGUGCCAAUUGAUUUUUAACCAUCUUUAACCUAUUCAAAAUUGUAUUUUAUUUUUUUAUUUAAGGCCUAAUCAUAUUUAUUUAUUUUUUUAAUUAAUUUCCAGAUCAAUUAUAUAUGGAAGCCUGUUUCUGCCACUGAAUAAAAAAAUAAAAAAGAUAGUUGCACUUUUUAUCUCACAAUUCUGACUUUUUUCGCACAAUUGCGAGUUUACAUCUUGCAAUUCUGACUUUUUUUUUUUCAGAAUUUUGAGAUAUAAACUCACAAUUAUGACUUAUGAAGUCAGAAUUGUGAGAAAUAAACUUGAAAUCUGAGAAAUAAAGUCAGAAUUGCAUGAUAUAAACUGGCAAUUGCUAGUAAGUUCCAAAUUGUGAGAAAGUCACAAUUCUGAGAAAAAGUCAGAACAGCGAGAUAUAGCUCACAAUUGUGACACUUUUUUCUCAGAAUUGUUUAUAUCUCGCAAUUCUGACUUUAUAACAUGCAAUUGUGAGAUAUAAACCUGCAACUCUGAGAGCAGAGCAAUUGUGAAUUAUAAAGUCGAAUUUUUGAGAAAAAAAGUCAGAAUUGUGAGAAAUAACCUCGGAAAUCUGGGAAAUAAAGUCAGAACUGCAUGAUAUAAACUGGCAAUUGCUAGUUAUAAAGUCAGAAUUGUGAAACAGUCGCAAUUCUGAGAAAUAAAGUCAGAACUGCGAGAUAUAAACUUACAGUUGUGACUUUUUUCUCAAAUUGUGAGUUUAUAUCUCGCAAUUCUGACUUUAUAACACGCAAUUGCGAGUUAAGUCAGAAUUGUGAUAUAUAAACUUGCAACUCUGAGAACAUUUCAGUCUUUUGCUCCUCAAAAUUGGACUUUAUAAUUUGCAGUUGCAAGUUUAUAUCUCACAAUUCAGAAACAAAGUCAGAAUUGCGAGAUGUAAACUCGAGUUAUAAAGUCAGAAUUGCAAGUUACAAACUUGCAUUUUUGAGAAAAAACUGGCAAUUGCUAUUGAAAAAGUCACAUUUCUGAGAAAUAAAUUCAGAACUGCGAAAUAUGAACUCACAAUUGUGACUUUUUUUCUGAGAAUUGCGAGAUAUAAACUUCCAGUCGCAAGUUAUAAAGUCAGAAUUGCAAGUUACAAACUUGGAUUUUUUACAAAAAAGUCAGAAUUGCAAAACUUGCAAUUCUGAGAAAUGAAGUCAGCAUUGUGUGAUAUAAACUCACAAUUACGAGUUAUAAAGUCAGAAUUGCGAGUUUAUAACAGGCUUUUUUUCCUCAGAAUUGCGAGAUACAAACUUGCAAUUCUGAUUUUCUUGCAAUUGCAAGUUUAUAUGACAGUUCUGAGGAAAAAAAGUCAGAAUUGCAAGAUACAAACUCGCAAUUCUGAGAAAUGAAGUCAGAAUUGUGUGAUUUAAAUUCACAAUUUCGAGUUACAAAGUCAAAAUUGUGAGUUCAUAUCAGGUAAUUCUUUAUAACUUGCAGGUGCAAGUUUAUAUCUCAGUUCGGAGGAAAAGAGUCAGAAUUGUAAGAUUAAAAAGUCACAUUUUUGAGAAAAAAGUCAGAAUUGCAGAUUUUUAUCUUGCAAUUCGGACACUUUUUCAGAAUUACAAGUUUAUAUCUCACAAUUCUGAGAAAAAAAGUUAGAAUUGUGAAAUAAAAAGUCGCAAUAAACUUUUUACAUUUUUUUUAUUUAGUGGCGGAAACAGGCUUCCAUAGUUAUUUGCCAAAACGCCCAGUUUAUAGGGCCAGAAAAACACUAUACAUGCAUUCUUUCUCUAUAAUUGACAAGCCAUUGAAAAAAAAGCCAAAGUUUGUUGUUUGUAUUUUUUUAAUCUGAAGUCAUGCUUCAGCUAUGGUCUGCUACUGUUAUGUUUUCAAUAUAAAGAUGCUCUUGAGUAAUUGUCAGUUUGCCACAGCGACUACCUAGUGUCUUUGUUGACCAAUGUACUUUAUUUUAAAACAACUGUAUUUAAAAAUGAAGCAGUUAUGUACCUUGUUGUAUAAUCUCUCCCAGGGCCAAACAUUUACAUGAGACUCUGUAUGUCUUCAGCCUUUAACACUGAAAACCUGCUUUAUAUUGGGUGAACUUUUGCUGCAUGGUACUGAAUAUUAAAAUACCCGCAAGUCUCGAUGUGAUGUCCUGCUUUUUCGCAGUUAUCAAGCUCUGAGUAUAUCUGAACUCUCUGCUAGUGCAUUACUAAAACUUUUGCAACUGGAAAUAUCAUUUUUGAUGAAGUGGUUUUGUAUUUUGGUUUUCUUUAUGUACAAAAAACAUUGUUAUAGUGCUAAAGAGACAACUUGAUAAUGCAACCCAGUGGAACUGAAACGCAUACCUGACAAAACUUUAAAAUACUCUACAGUAUGUGCAUUUAAUGAAUGUGAACUGUCUCGGUGGUUCAUAUCUAUACAAAGGCAGCUAAUUUCUAUUUUUUCAAUGUAUGAUAAUUCAGAUGUUGCACAUACAUUUGACUGCAAAGUUCAGACGUUAAUCCAGUUUUUUUGCAACAAGACAUAACUAUACUCACCAAAUAUGCAAACCUAGCUUUCAGGAACAUAGCUCUGCAGCUUUGUGGUUUGGUUUAUCUGACCCUUUAAAACAAAAGGAAAAUAUGUUCCUAUUACUACAUGUUUUCUAUGAAAUAUAGAAAACAAAAAAAAAGAAUAUAAAACAUUGUGGGCUUUGUAAUUGUGCUACUUAUUUAAAACAAA